CGCUCGCUCUCCCAUUGGCCGCCCCGCCGUCAGCUGCUCCUAUUUUCUGCUGUCGCUUUUGGCGCUCGGCCAUCCAGAAACAAACCACUUCGAUGACUACUAAUAGUUAUAGCCAGAUGUACUAAUACACAACAAAUCACGGUCCGGGAGAGGGGAGAGCAAAUGAGUUCCUAUUUCGUGAAUCCCACUUUCCCCGGGAGCCUGCCCGCUGGCCAGGACUCCUUCCUCGGGCAGAUCCCCCUGUACCCGGCGGGCUAUGAUGCUCUGAGGCAUUUUCCGGCUUCGUACGGGGCGAGCAGCCUGCAGGACAAGACCUACACCUCACCUUGUUUCUACCAACAGUCCAACACCGUCAUUGCUUGCAAUCGGGCUUCCUAUGAGUACGGAGCCUCCUGUUUCUAUUCAGACAAGGAAAUUAGUAGCGCCUCUCCCUCCGGCAGUGGCAAACAGAGGGGACACGGGGACUAUCUGCACUUUUCUCCCGAGCAACAAUACAAAUCCAACGGAGUGCAAAGCAAAAUUGUGAAUGACGAAGGCACCGACCGGAAGUACACGAGCCCUGUUUACCCUUGGAUGCAGCGGAUGAACUCCUGUGCCGGUACAGUAUAUGGAGCUCAUGGGAGACGAGGGAGGCAGACUUACACCCGCUACCAAACGCUAGAGUUAGAGAAGGAGUUCCAUUUUAACAGAUACUUAACCCGAAGACGACGCAUUGAGAUUGCGAACGCUCUCUGCCUUACCGAGCGCCAGAUUAAAAUAUGGUUUCAAAACAGGCGGAUGAAAUGGAAAAAGGAAAACAAAUUCAUAAAUUCCACACAGCCCGGCAGCGACGAAACAGAGGAAAAGUCAGGGGAGUAGAACCGUGUUUAAUAAACGCUACCAGGCCCGUCCUUAGCGCUCGCUUUUAUAUUGUUAUUUACCUUGUGCUCCUUCUGCUACUAAAAUCCCAUAGGUUUGUCACAGCCUAUUAAUCCCCACAGGCUGAUGUACAUCUGCGAUCAGCCGGGACUUGCUCUAAGACACGCACAAGUCCGAGCUUUCGAGCUACGGCCGUGUACAUAGAUAAGAACCACUUCUGCCACGAGUAGAUGGCGUUGCUUAAAUCAUUCAAAGACCUGGCCCAGAUUGUAAAAUAUCUGGGUAUUUAUCUGCGUGUGGGAGAGUAUCCCCGGAGUGCCUGUGUGAGAACUGACCCGCGGGGCACUGUUAUUAUUAUUGUGCGUGUGUGAUUGUGAACGUUCAUACUGUGGAAAUAUGAGAGGUGGUUGAAAA